AGGGGGAAGUGGGGCGGCUGUGGCUGGGGGCCGGCGAGGGGAGCGGGCCGGCGGGCGCCGUCGCCAUGGGCAACCGGGGCAUGGAGGAGCUGAUCCCGCUGGUCAACAAGCUGCAGGACGCGUUCAGCUCCAUCGGGCAGAGCUGCCACCUCGACCUGCCGCAGAUCGCCGUGGUGGGCGGCCAGAGCGCCGGCAAGAGCUCCGUGCUCGAGAACUUCGUCGGACGAGACUUCCUGCCUCGUGGUUCUGGGAUUGUUACCCGGCGACCUCUCAUUCUUCAGCUUAUCUUCUCUAAAACAGAAUAUGCAGAAUUUUUGCACUGCAAGUCCAAGAAGUUUACAGAUUUUGAUGAAGUUCGGCAGGAGAUCGAAGCGGAGACCGACAGGGUCACAGGAACCAACAAGGGCAUCUCUCCUGUUCCUAUUAACUUAAGGGUGUACUCCCCUCACGUGUUGAAUUUAACUUUGAUCGACCUUCCGGGCAUUACAAAAGUGCCCGUAGGUGACCAGCCGCAAGACAUUGAGUACCAGAUCAAAGAUAUGAUUAUGCAGUUCAUCAGCAGAGAGAGCAGCUUGAUUCUUGCGGUCACUCCCGCUAAUAUGGAUUUGGCCAAUUCGGAUGCUCUCAAAAUGGCCAAAGAGGUUGACCCACAAGGGCUCAGGACAAUUGGAGUGAUCACCAAGCUAGACCUGAUGGACGAAGGCACAGAUGCCAGAGAUGUCCUGGAGAACAAACUCUUACCUCUGCGGAGAGGCUACAUUGGAGUUGUGAACCGGAGCCAGAAGGACAUUGAUGGCAAGAAGGACAUCCGAGCCGCCCUGGCCGCAGAGCGCAAGUUCUUCCUUUCCCACCCUGCUUACAGACACAUGGCUGACCGCAUGGGAACUCCUCAUUUGCAGAAGGUCCUCAACCAGCAACUGACCAAUCAUAUUCGGGAGACUCUGCCGUCACUGCGCAGCAAACUCCAGAGCCAGUUGCUGUCCCUAGAGAAGGAGGUAGAGGAAUACAAGAAUUUCCGCCCAGAUGACCCGACGCGGAAAACCAAAGCCUUGCUCCAGAUGGUCCAGCAGUUUGCUGUGGACUUUGAGAAGCGGAUCGAAGGUUCUGGGGACCAGGUGGACACACUAGAGCUCUCCGGCGGGGCUCGAAUCAACCGCAUUUUCCAUGAGCGGUUCCCCUUUGAGUUGGUCAAGAUGGAGUUCGAUGAGAAGGAUCUGCGACGGGAAAUCAGCUAUGCAAUAAAAAACAUUCAUGGCGUAAGGACGGGGCUCUUCACACCUGACAUGGCGUUUGAAGCCAUAGUGAAAAAACAGAUUAUAAAGCUGAAAGAGCCCAGUUUGAAGUGUGUUGAUCUGGUGGUCUCAGAGCUGGCCAUGGUCAUUAAAAAGUGUGCAGAGAAGCUUGGCUCUUACCCCAGGCUGCGUGAGGAGACAGAGAGAAUUGUCACCACGUACAUCCGGGAACGUGAAGGAAAAACAAAGGACCAGAUUCUCCUGCUGAUUGACAUAGAGCUGUCCUACAUCAACACUAACCAUGAAGACUUCAUUGGAUUUGCCAAUGCCCAGCAAAGGAGCACCCAAGCGAAUAAGAAAAGAGCCAUCCCAAAUCAGGGGGAGAUACUGGUGAUCCGCCGGGGCUGGCUGACCAUCAACAACAUCAGCAUCAUGAAAGGCGGCUCCAAGGAAUAUUGGUUUGUCUUGACAGCGGAGAGUCUGUCCUGGUACAAGGACGAGGAGGAGAAAGAGAAGAAAUAUAUGCUGCCUCUGGACAACCUAAAAAUCAGAGAUGUGGAGAAAGGGUUCAUGUCCACCAAGCAUGUCUUUGCCAUCUUUAACACAGAACAAAGGAACGUGUAUAAAGAUCUGCGGCAGAUUGAGCUUGCCUGCGACUCCCAGGAGGACGUGGAUAGCUGGAAGGCCUCCUUUCUCCGAGCUGGUGUCUACCCCGAGAAAGACCAAGCAGAGAAUGAAGAAGGGGUCCAGGAGAACACCUUUUCCAUGGAUCCUCAGUUAGAACGCCAAGUGGAAACGAUCCGCAACCUUGUGGAUUCGUACGUUGGGAUCAUCAACAAGUCCAUCCGGGACCUCAUGCCAAAGACGAUUAUGCACCUAAUGAUAAACAAUACCAAGGACUUCAUCCACUCAGAGCUGCUGGCCUAUCUGUACUCCUCCGCAGACCAAAACAGCUUGAUGGAGGAGUCUGCCGACCAGGCGCAGCGUCGGGACGACAUGCUGCGGAUGUACCAUGCCUUGAAGGAGGCGCUGCACAUCAUUGGGGACAUCAGCACCAGCACUGUGUCUACCCCGGUCCCCCCACCUGUGGAUGACUCGUGGCAGCAGUCACCGGGCAGCGGGCACAGCCCGACACCCCAGCGCAGGCCCGCUUCUACAGUGCUGCCCCCAGGGAGACCUCCAGCCGUGCGGGGCCCUAUGCCGGGGCCCCCUUUGAUUCCAGCACCUGCAGCAGCAAGUGGCUCCGCCUUUGUGGCCCCGCCCAUUCCUUCGCGCCCCGGACCUCAAAGCACCUUCGUUGCAAACAACGACCCUUUCUCGGCGCCUCCUCAGAUUCCUUCGCGACCAGCACGUGUUCCGCCCGGCAUCCCUCCAGGUGUGCCCAGCCGGAGACCCCCUGCUGCCCCGAACCGGCCUACCAUUAUCCGACCAGCUGAGCCCUCUUUAUUAGAUUAACUACCAGCAUCCUGGGGAGCUGUUGCCUGUUAACUAUCUUGUGGAAAGAACUCACGCCUAAUCUCUUGUGUGUGGAAGAGCUCUCUGCAGCCGUGAUCGACUGUAGCCAAGGCCCACGUUGCCCCGCUUCUCUCCCCGCCCCUUCCCCCCAAACAGUCACAACCAUGCUGUCGCCAGUCUCGGGAUGGAUGGCCGGCCGCUGUUUGUCUGUGGUCCAUCAGGAGCCCUGGGAGGCUGAGCAUUCCUUGUCGUGGUUUCCCUCGCUGUCCCUCAAAUCUCUGGAUCUUGGCAGAAAGGAGUUUGAUGACCGGAACCUUCUCUGGAGAAGGGUCGGGUGGGCUGGUGGCUGCUUCUUUGCUACCUUCUGGGUGGCCACACCAGACCUGUCCCUCAUGACAACGUGGAGGAUUCUGCUUUGUGGAGUAAUUUUGCACUUUGUUAAAAAAAAAUAAUAGAAAAGAAUCCCCCCCCCUUCGGUUGGGUGAUUGCCUGUGAAUGUGUGAGAGUAAAGAAGUAAAAUUUUCCAGCUAUUCCUUGUAAGUUGAGUACAUAGAAAUCUCAUUUUUGCCAUUUUUGUUGAUUGGACUCUUCCCCCUCCCCCUUCUGUGGAUUUCUUUGUUCUCCUGUAUAUAAGAUCCCUCCCCCCCCCACCCGGGCUAUUAAAUUUAAUUUCAGUUAGAGCAGUUUCCAUUUUUAUAGCUUCGAAGGAAGAAAUAAAGAAAUGAGGAGGAGGACUGCAGAUAAUAACUUGCUACUAAAUCCAGUUUGCUAAACUACUGCAAAAUGGCCCCGAGCCAAGAGGGAGGCCUUCUGAGUGUCAGGGUGACCUUCAGGCUGUGCCCCCCCCCCCCCCCCCGGCAACAGAAGCUGUGGACUGAGCUCCUGGCACACCUGUCGCUUGGCUGCCCAUCCUUACUGGCAGCAAAGCAGGGGGUGCCCUGGAGUCCUUUCACGCGGUGUUACCAGCCCCCUGCUUCCUGAUAAAUGGACUGUGACCGCUUGUAACCUGCCUUAUCUUGUACGGAGAAGUGGUGUGAGUGAGGGUGGACAGCAGGAAGUCUUUCCCUACCAAACUGGAGGGGGGGCUUCACCCCUCAAGGAAGACCCUUGGGUCACGCUUAGCGGCCGAGUCCUCCCUCAAAGGCGGUGGGAGGCUCCCCAAGGCCAAGAGAGAGAGGUCCCAGGCAGGGCCCAGCAGGAGAGUUUGAGCUUCCUUUCUAGCGCUAGAGCCUGGAGCAUUUGCGAGCCACACAAAAACCCUUCUCAGUAGGACUCGCUCACCGCUCUGCUCUGUCUGGGCUACAGUUGUAUAUAUUUCUUCAUAAAGACAGACUGUAUUAGUACAUGUAUAAAUGCUAGGUUUUUUUAAAAAAGAGAAAUCAAUGAAGUCCCAGCCCCCCUGUCAGGGAUAUCUCAGGAGAGAUGUCAGGAACAGCAACACACCCAUACCACCUGCCUUAAAAUGUUUCCUUUCAGUGGCCUCUUCUCUUCCUGCUCGACUGGAAAGAGUCGCAGGCACUCGCUCGAUGCCCUAGGUGGGCUGAGGCCUUCCACAGGUUGAGACUAACUGUGCCUUUUCUACUUGAACUCCGUAUUGUCUGCCCUCCGCCUGACCCUUGUUCCCUUCCUGUAGAGGCCUCUCUGAGCCCUUCCUCAUCUUUCACCACUUCUCCAGAAAGCUGGCAGUUGCUCGGGUGGCCAGACUUGGGCUCUGAAUUGCAUUUGCUAUGAUUUGCUUCCUGUUCUUACCAUGGGGGUGGGCAGAAGUACCUUCUCUCCCUCGCCUUCAGAUGAGAAAAGCCCCCCACACACACACACACUGUUUGACAUAAGUGCCUCCAUUCUGUAUACUAUUAAUAAACUAAAUAAAGGGAAAUUCUUCUGGUGGAA